GUUUACAUUGACAAAAUGAAUUAAGUGCUCGUCGAACUGCACUGUGCUCACAAAACAGACCAAAUAAGUGAAGUAGGAUACAAACGAGUUGAAUGGGUGAUAACUGUAUAAGGUUUUGGAGAUGAACUUAAUUUUGAAAACAUUUGAAGCCAGAACAUUGUAUGAGAUAUCAUCUAUCAUAAGGAAGAGAAUAACAUGCUGUUCACCACUGACAUGUCCAAGGUGAUGGCUGGCCUGGUUUCAUGGCAUGCAUUUUCAGUUCUGAUGCUUGUUGUUGGAACCAAUGGGCAAACAGCAACUGUAACCGGUAAUUCGCCAGCAGCAGCUGGGACUGAUGUCACACUCACAUGUGAUAUUACAGGUGGAACAGCAAGUUUAAUUAUAUGGGCAGAUGACAGUACAGGUGAAAUUAUCUUUGCUGGAACGGCCCCUGCCACUGGUGAUGAAAAGUUUAGUAACUUUGAUGUAACUACCCUGACAGAUACACAAUCAGCGAUGAAAAUUUCUAGUGCAGAAGUAACAGAUGAUGGGGUCUAUAGAUGUGACAUUCCGGGUACUGAUGGUAGUUUGGACUUUGUGGUGGAAGCUCCUGGGAGUUUAGCUGGACCAACUGUAACAAGUUUUGUAAGUAGUAGUGGAGAGGACAUGUAUGAAGCAACGUGUGAAGUUGUUGGAAGCAAACCACCAGUUAACAUCACAUGGUAUCUGAAUAAUGUUGCACAGACUAAUGGUGAUGGGAAGACGAUAAUGCAAACACACCCACCAACACCAUCUAAUCCACCAUUAUCUAAUACAAAGAGUGUGUUCACAUUCCCAGCAACUCAAGAAAAUCAUUUACAAACUUUGGAAUGUCGGUCUACUGGAUAUCAGCUCACAGAGCUGGAAAGACAGGAAUUAAGAGAUUUAGAUAUUCAUACCUCUCCAUCUUCCGCUAGUACUACUGUCACUGCUGAUUAUGUAACAGAGGGAACAGACAGAAUCAGAGUGACAUGUACUGCACAGAAUGAACCUCUUCCAACAAUGAGAAACUUCUAUAUAUUCUCUAAUGGUACCCUGAUACAUGAAUCAAUGAAUAAUGUAAAGGAUGUCACUGUUUCAAAUCCUGAAGCUGGAACAGAGUACACGUGUAUGGCUGGUAAUUACCUUGGAAAUACAUCACUUAGUGCAGCAGUGACAUAUGAACAACUAAGAACAACCAAUCCUCCCCCGACAACUGAGACUACACCCGAGCCUACACCAUGUCCUUGUGCACCGUCUGGUUUGAGUUCUGGAGCAUCUGCUGGAAUAGCUAUCCUAGCCAUCCUCUUAGUAGCUUCUAUCAUCAUCAACAUUAUUCAGUUCAUUCUUCUUAGGAGAAAAACCAAACCAGAAUUCCAUGAGUCAAAGAAUAAUAAGAGCAAUGAAAUAAAUAUACCACAGGAGAUGAAUGACAACGUGGCUUAUGAGAUGAUUCAAAGUGGAAAUCGAGCAUACACAGCGUUAAAACUGGGUUCUACCCACUCCUUCGUCAUUGCCCGUGAAAACGUGACGUUCUUCACCAGACUUGGCUCGAUUGGGCGGGGUGACUUCGGCGAGGUAUGGAAGGGAGACCUUCGAUCAAAACAAAACCAUCUCGACGUUGCUAUUAGGCAAAUACCAGAUCACGUGACAAAAUCAUUACAAGUUCUUCAAGCCAUCAAGGUACUUUACGAGCUAUCGGAUCAACCAAAUAUUGUCAAAUGCCUAGGAUAUUGUAAAGAACAAGGUAGUAUUCUGUAUGAGUUCAUCUCAGGGGGUACACUCCUUACCCAUCUACAGACUUCAGGGGUGCAAUCUCAACCCACGUACAGCAAUCUCAAACCAAACGGUGUUCGUAUUGAGGAGGGUACCCUACUUAACUUGGCUUGGCAGGUUGCUAAAGGGAUGCAGUUCCUUGCAUCUAAGAAGAUCAUCCACGGGGCUCUCUGCGCUCACAAUGUUUUGCUAGGAGAAAGAAAGCAAUGUAAGAUAUCAGACUAUGGACUUUCUUCAUCGCUCUUUGGUGACGUAGCUAAACCAUCCAGAUGGAGUUCACCAGAAACCAUGGCAACGGGUGACCAAACAAUAAAAGGAGACAUCUGGUCUUUUGGUAUCGUCUUGUGGGAAAUCGUGACACUGGGUGCAAGGCCAUACCCAAAUAUGACAUUCAGCUCGGUUCAGACGGAGGUUGCUAAUGGUUACCAGAUGCCACACCCUCGUCACUGUGCACAAGAAGUGUAUGUAGUUAUGACUGGUUGCUGGGACAAGGAACCCCAAAAUCGGAGUAACUUUGAUCACAUCCUGAAGAGUAUGGAAAUGAUUUUAGAAAAGACACACAGUUACUUGUCUCUUAAUGACUUGGAUGAUGGGUUGUAUGCCUCUACUCUGGAGAUGUGAUGCCAAGAGCAUAAAACAAUGCCUCACAAUAUGUGUUUUAUACGGAAGCUCAAUGCAUACUUGUUAGAUUUAAGCGUAAUUAACUCACGCAUUCCAUUUUCUCUGGAUACCAUUGGUCCAUUGAUUAGAUUAAAUUUGUAGUUUGAUUUCUUUUAGAAUAUAUUAUGCUAUGUAGUGGUAUAUUUAGUAUCAGAAGGCAUAUAAAAAUAUGAUUUAAUUUUCCUAGUAGUAAUAUGCUUUUGUUUCGUUUUAUUUUAAUCCUCACCGAAACCAAAUUUAAGGUCCCGUAACAAAAAGGUAAACAAUAAAUUUACUCUUGAUUUUACGCAUGAUUGUACAUUGUAGUCAAUGCAAUCAAUCGUUUAAAAAAAUUCUACGAUGAUAACUAGGCUUCGUGUUACGGGACCCUGAUUGACUUUAUUUCAAUGUACGUACAAUCGGUUGUGUAGGUUUCGUUGGUGUUACUAUGGCAUCAGAUUAAGAAAACUGUAAAAAGCCUUAUAUCUUCAUGCCAGGGUUGAUGUCUACAUAAUAUUUAGUUUAUCCACAUUAAAUACGUCGCGUUGGCAGUUUGUUAUGUAACCUUAUUGCUAUGUAUGAUAUAUCUUUAUGUGAAACGUAUGUUGGACACCUAUUUAAAGCAAAUAUUAAAGCUGAACAGGUUAGUCUGACUAUAUGAAACAUAUCAUUCAUGUAAAUUAUUGUUUCGAAAGAAUGUAAGAACGGUAAGUGCUAUACCAAAUCAAAUGAAAGCGGAGUUGUAUUGUAUUGUAUUGUAUUUAUUUUCCAUUCAUAAAAACAUGCAAAAUACAAACAAAAUACAUCAGAUAUAAUUACAAAAUAAAAAUAAAUACAUAUGAAUGGCUGGAUUGCCCAUUCAGAGUGGUAAUUUUUACCACUCUGUUCUGCCUAGGGGUCCAGAACAUAAUAAAAUAGAUCAGAUUGUUAACAAAUCAGAUUCUCAUUGCAUUGAGGAAUGCGGUGAGUGAUGGUGUAUGUGCGGUGUUUUUUGUGGGGGGGGGGGCGAAAUUAGUGUUGGUGCUGUUGAUGAAGAUGCAUGUGUACAUGUAUAUAAGGUGAUGAAGUACUGUGUAAUAGCUGAGCUGAAGAUGUACCAAUUAAACAGUGAAACAGACAGAACAAGAUGCAUGAAACAUAUUAUUUUUUUCAACUAUAUUUUUACCUGAAUUUCUCAAAAAAAAUGUGCCUUGGAUCGUUAAUGUUUUCCUUUGAUUUGCCAUUGAUUAUGCAGCGUAUACAGUUGUGCUUUUUAAGUGAAAAGGGGAGGGAGAGUACAUAGGCCUAUCCAUUUAAAGGUCCUCCCUUAUACAUGUAGGCCUACAUCUUUACGUGACUUAUCGAACAUUUCGAAUGUGAAAUGUGCUCUUUAUUAAUUUAAUUUUGCUCACACUUUUCUUACCUUUUUUUAAUAGGAAUGAUAUUAUGUUGAAUGUAUACGUUACUACUAUUUUCAUCGUAAAUUGACCAAAUUUAAUGUUGGUAAUCAAGUUAUUGGUGUUUACCUUUCUCAAUGCAGUGAACUACUCGAGGAUCAAGACUACCAUUAUAAAACACCGCUUUAUAGUCUGGUAAAAAUCUGCAACGAUUCUCUAAUCAUGCUAAUAUAUUAUUUGGUUAUGAUAUAUAGCUGUGGCCCAACAUAUAUAGAUGAUAAAUUAAAAUAUAGAGGUAGUGUGAUUAACUGCAAUUGAUUUGAAUUGUUUUUUGUAAAUGCUGAUCGUUUACAGAGAAAAUCAUGAGAAAAACAUGUGUUACGUGCUGUAUUUUAAAUAUCGUGUUAUAUAUGCAAUAAACGGAUGGGAAAAAAAAUAAAUGUCGCUUAAAGCGUUUGUAGUGUACGAGAAAAUAGUGUUAUUGUGAUGAUAGUUGAACAUGAUUUCAAUGUAACGACAAAAUAAAAUUGCGGCAUUUAGUCAAA